AUGGCAGAAAACGGCAUACGUAUCUGGUGUGUUGGGUUUUUUUCAUCACAAGUUAAAUGACAAAGACAACAGUUUACCAACGCAAUACAACACUACUUAUAUAUAUUUUUUUCCAAGAUCAUCUCUACUUCUACCUAAAGCGGCUUUACACACGCACCCUGGAAUGCGAAACAAAUGUAGUUUGUCCAAGCGGAAUUGCCAUAUACGGUUUUGUGUUGUUGUUGUUUUUUUUUUUUUUUUUUCCCAUUUACCACACCCGCUCCCGGAUGUAAUUCUUCCUAAAUGACUACCAAACGCGGUGGAAACCUCGAUCCCGGACGCCAUCGCUACUUUACGUGACUAAAACAUCUUUUUUGCUUAAACAUUCGUGUCCUUCGAAAAAACCGGAAGCUCCUGGAGCUAGCUUCGUGUAGCUUUCUGGCCGCUAACAAAGAGACACGUGCGCGCGAGCCACGUACCGCUAAAUGCGAGUGUAACGUGGUCGGAUUAUGUGUGCUCAAAGUGCGAAAGCAGAAGAGUACGAGGAGGAGGUUUGUGGAGCAAAAGAGGAGCGCGGGCAACAACGUCCGUCGCUGCGGGACGCCGUUUGCAAGAAGCCUCAACAGCACACAGCAGACGCUGGUGAAGAUCUUCGUACUGAGCGGCAAGCGCCAGAGUCCCCCGCCAUCAAAGAAGAAGAGGCGCUCAAGCUCCGUCACAUUAAAGAUGAAGAUCGAGAGGAUGAAAUCACCAAGUUCCCAUCGACUGGCGUCAGUGUGAAGAGUGAAGAAGAUGACCAAGAAAGUGAUGGAGACCAAUGUGAAGGAUCCCAAUCAGACCGUCUCGUAGCUCCACUAUCAGACAGUGACGGCAUAACAGUUCACUCUUCUGACUAUGAGGAUGCCGAUGACAACGAUGAGGAUGAUGAUGACUAUGACGAUAAACAGUCUACAGGUGAUAGGACAUGCCACACCGAUGACAAAUGUGUCAGAUGUUCUCACUGUGACAAAACUUUUUACAACAAGUCAGCCUUGAAAGCACAUACAAGAUCACAUACAGGAGAAAAACCUUUUGCCUGCUUAGUUUGUGGUAAAAGAUUCUCUUUAAAGACAAAUUUAACACAACACGCCAGAACACACACUGGGGAGAAACCUUUUGUCUGUUCAGUCUGUGGUAAAACAUUCUCACGCAAGGAGAAUUUGAACAUACACACAAUAACACACACUGGAGAAAAACCUUUUGCCUGCUCACUUUGCGGUAAAAAAUUCUCUUUAAAAAGAGAUUUGACAAUGCACACAAGAACACACACAGGGGAAAAACCUUUUGCCUGCACAGUUUGUGGUAAAAGAUUCUCUUUAAAUAACACUUUAACAAGACAUACGAAAACGCACACAGGAGAAAAACCUUUUGCCUGCUUACUUUGUAGUAAAAGAUUCUCUUUAAAAAGAAUGUUAACAAUGCACACAAGAACACACACAGGAGAAAAACCCUUUUUCUGCUCAGUUUGUGGUAAAAGAUUCAUUGAGCAAGGACAUUUAACAAUGCACAAAAGAACACACACUGGAGAGAAGCCUUUUACUUGCUCAGUUUGCGGUCAAAGAUUCUCGAUGAAGACAAAUUUAACAAGGCACACAAGAAUACAUGAUGGAGAGAAACCUUUUACUUGCUUAGUUUGUGGCAAAAGAUUCACUCAGAAUGGAGAUUUAACAAUACACACAAGAACACACACCGGAGAAAGACCCUUUGCCUGCUCAGUUUGCGGUAAAAGAUUCCCUUCAAAUUCACAUUUAACAAAACACACACGAACACACACUGGAGAAAGACCCUUUGCCUGCUCAGUUUGCGGUCAAAGAUUCACUCAGAGCUCACGUUUAACAAGGCACACAAAAACACAUGCUGGAGAGUAAUGAUUCCGUUGCGGUGUGUGCGCUGAAAGAUUUUCUGGUCAGGAUCAGUUUAAGAGACGCAAAUGUGCUGGUGAGAAGGGGAGGAGUCAACGAAGCUGCAGAAUAAUCUGAAGAAACUGAGGCUGUGUCGGAAAUCAUUGGCCCUCCUGGGAAAGUCAAAUCUCCUAACCUUUAUAUCACCUUCCCAUAACCUUUGGUGUUUUUUUUUUUUUUAAAAAA